AUGAGCGACUUCGACUACCUGAAGCUGCUGGGCAAGGGCACCUUCGGCAAAGUGCUGCUGGUGCGCGAGCGGGCGGCCGGGCGCUACUACGCCAUGAAGGUCCUGCGCAAGGACGUCGUCAUCGCCAAGGGAAACUGGGGAAACCGGGGAAACUGGGGAAACCGGGGAAACUGGGUUGGGGAAACCGGGGAGACUGGGGCCACUGGGGAAACUGGGGAAACUGGGAAAACUGGGGAAACUGGGAAACCGGGGAGACCGGGGAAACUGGGAAAACUGGGGAAACUGGGGAAACCGGGGAAACUGGGGAAACAGGGGAACUGGGAAAACGGGGAAACCAGGGAAACUGGGAAAACCAGGGAAACUGGGGAAACCAGGGAAACUGGGGAGCUGGGAAACUGGGGAAACUCAAGAAACCAGGGAAACUGGGGAAACUGGGGAAACCGGGGAAACUGGGGAAACCGGGGAAACUAG